UGUGCGAUUAACUGUUGUAGUGUUUUGGGGUUUUUCGCUUUUCGACAAACUAGUAAUAUAGGCUCUAUCACGAACGAUCAAAUAAAUAAAGAUUUAAAGACGAAAUACUGACAGUGUUCACAUUAUUAUGAUUUUUUAGUUACCCUAUUACAAAAACAAAACGAAAAAUAAAAUGCGACUGUUGAGGCACGAAAACAAUCAAAGACAUAUAUUUUUAAAGACGAACUACUGGCCGUCUACACCGGCACCGGAAACAUUUAGAGGGGGUGGUGCUUGUCUUACCUUUACUCUGUGCCUGCUCGUUUGUAUGGGACUUGGCAGCCAGUCCAACUGCAGGUUUCGGUUUAGAUGCAGGUGCUGUGAAGAGAUUGGUAGGCUGCAGGUCAAUACAGACUUGUUCGGUGAAAAGAGACUGAUUUAGCUGGGAGAAGAAAGUGAAAGUAUCCCAAAUAAGGGACACCAGCGACGUAACUGCCUUUUCAGACGGUUUAGAAAUGAUUUAUCGUUAUUUCCUCGCCUUUUGGAUCCUUACCUCCUCGGCAGUUGCUGUUCAAUCAACACAAUAUGGACUCCUGGGUGAGACAGUCACCUUCAAGACAGAUAUCAGAGAUCCCCCUGAUGACAUUCUGUGGAAACAUAAUGGGAAUAAAGUGGUACAAUUUGAUGGCAACCAGCAAACUGAAUACAAUCCAUUUCAAAAGAGGAUCACCCUCGACUGGAGCUCUGCAGACCUGGAAAUCAACCACCUGACACAUAGUGACAGUGGACAAUAUGAAUUGGAUGCAGCAAAGGGAGGUGGUUUGACUCGUCAUAAAUUUGAACUGAAGGUCCUAGACAGAGUAACCAAGCCCACCAUAACCUGUAACAUGAGUGAUGGCAGCAGCUCUGACAAAUCAGGAAGUGAAGCCACACUGAUGUGCUUUGCAGACCCAUCGCAGUCCUUAAACUACGAGUGGAGCCAACCUGGAAAAAUUCAGCCUGGCCAGAUAUUAACGAUACCUCUAGGGACAGAACAUGAUGAUAAAGUAUACAACUGUACUGCAAGCAACCGUUUGUCCAAAGAAAUAGCCACAUUCACUGCAAAGGAUUGCUACCCUGUUGGAGCCUCAGCUGGACUGAUUGCUGGAGUGGUUAUUGGCGUGAUAGCACUACUCUUGUGUGUUUUGGUUGCAGUGUUCUGUGCGCUAAAGCAUAAAGAAAAGAAUAGCAUUCCUAGUGGUGAACAGAAGACUCCUGAUGAAGAAGAAGCUGCAUUGCUCCCUGGCCCUGAGUCCCAGGAUAAAAAUGCAGGAAACAACAAAGAUGGACCUCGUAUGGUUACAAACACACCUUCUAGAAAUGUUAAAGAACAAGUGGAGAACAAAGUCAAGUGUGGUCAGUUGAAAGAACCUAGCCAGGCCACACAGCCUGAUCUGCAAACACAGACUUCUUCUACAGGACCAGAGUUAGAGAAAGAAGCAGAUGAUGAAGCAAAGGCCCAGAUGACCCAGAAUACACAGAGCGAUCUGAGUCCUGAUGAUGAGCACAGGGAUGAUAUCACCUCACUUUAUGCCACUGGAGAACCUAAAGAGAACACUGAAACGAACAAAGAAGAAAAUAAAUCAGCUGAUAUGAGAGAACCGGAAGAGCCUCCAACAAGUCAUGCUGAGACAGACUCAGAGGAAGAGACAGAUGAGGAAGCACAUCCUGCCACUAAAACUAGUAUUUUUCCUUCCCCUGAUGACGUGAGAGAAGAGGACGAGUCUCCCACCAUUCCUGCACAGACAGUUUUGGAUAAAGUUAAGAAAUUUGAGAAAAAGCAACAAGCAGAAAAAAACAAAGAUGGAACUCAUGUGGUCACAAGAAAUCCUUCUUUUUUAAACAAUAAAGGACAACUGGAUAAGAAAGUCAAGAGUGGUCAAUUGGAAGAACAUACCGAGGCCACACAGCCUGAUCUGCAAACACAGAUUCCUUCUAAAGGACCAGAAUCAGAGAAAAUGGAGGAUGAAGAAGCAAAGUCUGCUGAUGAAAGUUCGACCCAGAUCAUACCGCACAAGCCACCUGCUGAAGAACAAAAGCAAGAUGUAAUCUCAGAUCAGGACACUGAAAAAACUAUAGAGGAAACUGAAAAGGAAAAAGAAGAAAAGAAAUCAGAUGGCAUGAGAGAAAAAGGAGAGCUACCAACAAGUUCUGGUCAGACAGACUCAGAGGAAGAGACAGAUGAGGAAGCACAUCCUGCCACUAAAACUAGUAUUUUCCUUCCCCUGAUGACGUGA